GGAAUCAAAGAUUAUAUGACUGAAACUAUUUUCAUCAGACCUAGUCAAUUGAGGACUCCAACAAUAUUAGUGGCCACGUAAUACAGGCUGCAGUCAACCAAGCUUGUGCGGCUAACAUCAGCUUCCACUGCGGCGCAAUGCUGACUGACGUAGGUGAGCUAUACCUUGUGGGCAUUCACAGCCACAGAUAGGACACACUGACACCAACCACCUCAAAUCUCAACAUUAUAAAAAUGAAUUGGCAUCUAAUGCUAGAUUUUGCUGGCAGCCUUUGCCUCGCCUAAGGACCCCCGAGUUACUGACUUUACUACAUCGGACUAAUUUUAUCAUAUCUUUCUUGCUCCUAGUAGAUUCUUCCUCGCCUACUCCUAGUCAACGCCAAACAUGGGCGUUGUCACUUACCGAGAUGCCACGGCCAUCGUACAGCUCAUAUUCUUUGUGCCUUACCUAGUUUGCGGCCUGUUCCUAUGCCACAGACAAGGAUGGCGUCGAAGAGGGGGUUGGCUGAUCAUCGUGCUCUUUAGUGUGCUGCGCAUUAUUGGAGCAGCUUUCCAGUUGGCCACGAUUUCGCAACCCACGCGCUCUAUAUAUGCCGGGGCCUUGGUCACAGAGAGUAUCGGGAUUGCACCCCUGAUAGGAAUCAGCAUUGGGAUGUUGGGAAGACUAAAUGGGCACUUGCAGAAGCCCAUCCACAGAAUCUUCUUCAUCCUGCUCUUCAUUGCGAGUUUGACCGGCAUUGGCAUUGCCUCUGGCAGCGCUUCUGUUCCAGUACCCCCAGACUCACCAUCACCAUUCGUGGCCAACUAUCUCACCAAAACAGCUGUCGUCAUCUUCACAGCCGAGUACCUUGCGACUGGGCUGAUGUUCCUUAUUAUAUUUGUGCAGAGAAUUGAAAUUCCUUCGCCGGAGGGGCGCUUGUUGACAUGCGUGGCGGUGUGCUCACCAUUUAUCAUCGCUCGUUUGAUUUACGGCUUGCUGGCUGCUUUUUCAUAUGACUUGAAGUUCAAUAUUCUCAUCGGAGACACCACAAUUUACUUCAUUUUAUCGGUACUCACGGAGAUCAUUGCGGUUGGGAUUAGCGUUGUUGUUGGGCUCAGCCUCCCACAGAUACCAAUACCAGAUGUGAGGGUAUAAUGGGACUUGGGCAGCCUUCUUGAGCAUCACCCUGGAAGGAUUGAAGCACUGUAGAAUAGUUUAAGGAGUUAAUUAGAUGAUUGUGUACUUACAAGUCAGAUAUGAA